CCCCCGGCACGUUUCAAGUUUCCUAGUUGUUCGCCGUCGAGUUUCGAUUCACAAAAUUAUACUUUCAUUAUUGGACCAAAAUACUUGCCUUUCCGUCUACUUUGUCGCCUGUUAUGGGCGCUGGUGGUAUCAAUGGAGAGCUAAGAGAUCACUCAGAACACGUCGAUGCUAUAUUUCGCUCGCAUUUUAAUGUCAUCAACGGUAGACCAUCAACAUUAGCAUCGUCUUCCUCGUCCCGUCCGACCCAAGGAACUGCAUCCUCUGGUAGCAGCAGUUCGAAUAUUUCUGUGGAUGGUUUCGCAGAAAUGGCCUGUUUUAGCUGCAGCUCCAAUUUUACCCUCUUCAAGAGGAAGAAUCUCUGUCGGAAUUGUAAAAGACACUUCUGCAAUGACUGUUUUUCGAGAGACCCUAAAGUUAUUCCUGGAGAGAACAGCAGACACUGCCUGACCUGUAGGGCUCUCCAGUCCCCAAUUGCCCACAAGGAUCACCUGAUGAAGUUGAAAGUGAAGGACCUCCAAGAAUAUUUAAGGUCCAAGCAGAUCUCCUUGAAUCAUUGUAAGGAGAAGCGGGAUCUAGUAGAGUUAAUUUUACGGCAUGCAGAAGAAAGAACAAACACAGCUCCCUCAUCUACAGCAACUCAGCCUCAACCAGGAAGGCAACCAUCACAGCCAAACCCCUCACAUCCUCGCGCACCUAAUGCCUUUUAUACCCAGCCAAGUCCGCCAAGGAGUUCACAUUCUCAACCACCUCCAAGAACUCAACCUGUUCAGGUUCCCCCCUCUGCACCAUCUGCUUCUGUGAAUAAGAGUCUGAGUGAAAUCAAGAAUGUAGAUGAAGUGCAGGAGCUUUCAGUGAAGGAACUCAAAUGUAUCCUUAAGGCAAAUUUUGUGGACUUCACGGGUUGCUGUGAAAAAGAAGAACUCUUAGAGCGAGUUAGAACCUUGUGGAAGUCUAAACAAGAAUAUAAUAAAAAGAAGAUGGCACCUGAUGAUUAUGAUAAUGACGAUCAGUGUAAGAUUUGUAUGGAUAAUGGAAUAGAUUGUGUUCUACUGGAGUGUGGUCACAUGGUCACUUGUACAAACUGUGGCAAGCAGAUCUCAGACUGUCCAAUUUGUCGACAGCAUAUUUCCAGGAUUGUGCAUGUGUUUAAAGCUUAACCUUUGUAUGUUUUGAUAGAACAUCACUGAAUGUAGCUAGCUGUGCUGUAAUUUCAUGGGAAUCUUGAUUGAUAAACAUAGUCAUUCACUUGUCCAUGGGCUUUGUUAAGCAAGCAGCAUUCCUUGCUGCAGGCUGAAGUGAAGUGCAUGCGGAGAGUUUCAUGCAUAAAAUAGAAUUAGGUAUGGCUGUGAUGUGGUUUAGUUUUGUCUUUGGUUUAUUCCUACUUCAUUACAUACUCACUGAUACUUUAGAGAAACUUAAAGAGACAAGGUGCAGACUGAAUAAGCCACAAUGUCAGUUUCUGCAGCUUAUAUAGCAACAAGGAGCAGUUAUUUAUUACUUUCCCCGGAUGGGUUUCUAGGUUACCACAAGCUCACUCGUCCACACCCCUCAGCAUUUUAAAAUGAUCACUGUGAUAAUUUUCUCAUACCCAUUUAUUACUGUGAUGGAUUAAGAAUUUUCUUCUCCAAGAACACAGGACUGUGACUUUGAAUUUACACUUUUCAUGUAGAGUUCUGCAAGGCAGCCAUCAGGCCAUUGUGUCCUGAAGAUAAAUUUGAACCACAGUGGUUACAAAUGUGACAUGUGCACUACUUUUGGGAACAGAUGCAUGGGGGUGACGUUUAUCCUCAGUCCCUGAUAUGGGUGACAAAGUGUCCUAACAAGAGGUAAUAAUAAGCAGGGGGUUGAAGUGUCUACAUGCAUGUAUACUCACAUCUACAGUGGAACCCCGAUACAACGAUCCUUGAUAUAACGAUAUUCCCAGUACAACGAUAAAUAUGCUAUGUCCCAGCAAAAGUUACAGUAAAAUGUAUGGGACAGAGCCCCGUCUCGAUAUAAUGAUAACUUGAUACAACAAUCGAAUUCCACUGCUCCCUUGGCAUAUCGUUAUAUUGGGGUUCCACUGUACUUGUGUCUUACAACCACCUUUAGUUGUAUGAAAAUUCUGUUCUUUUGUUUUUUUUUUCUCGCAAUUUGUUCAGCUGUGAGAAAAAGUAAACAAGAAUUGUUUUCAAUUUUAGGGAAUAAUAUUUUUAAAAUUUGUUUAGUGACAUCCAAUUUUCCAAGUUUGGGCUUGAUACUUUUUGGUGGAAGAAUUGGAACAAAAAGAAUGGAGUCUCUUUUGCCUUCUUUAUUAGCUUUUUUGUAAAAUGAGAUUUAGAUGUUGGUUGCAAGUGCGGUGAGAUCUGUAAUCUGUUGUUUCGUGGAGUCUAGGUUUCUGUUAUGGCUCCAAUUAUAGGGUUAUCAUGUUGCUUUAAUUCACCUCAAGAACAGUGUUGUUUUGCAUGGAAGAAAGCAUUGGGGUUUUAAUAUUUUUUUGAUGUUUUCGUAAGGAAGAGUAAAUUUUGUGGUUGUUUGAGAAUUUUUACACAGCUGGUUAGCACUUCUUAAAGACAAUAGCGGGAAUAUAGGUAGGUCUUUAAAAUGCCCAAAAGGCAUUUUCCAAAAGAACUGAUUUGUUUAUAAAUCGAGAGUUCCUUCUACAGCAUAUAUUGAACAUGUUAUCAAUAAUUAAAAGUAAACCUGCUGCUUGAAAAAAAUUUUUUUACUUUGUAUUUGUAUUUUAAAGAGUAAGGCUCUUUGGCGCAGGACUAAUUAUUUGAUAUGUAUUUACAUCGCCGUAGUUGUUAUCAUCAGGGCUCAGUACUAAUGAUAGCCCACUGGCCACAGACUAGUAGAAAUUCAGCUUUGGCUAAUGGUUUUCAAUUUCCACUAGCCAGUGUGGCUAGUAAACAAACUGACAUUGUCAUAACAUCUAAGUUGAAAAGUUAGUGUUGAGUCCUGAUCAUGUAGGAGACCUUAACACCUGCCCAGCAGGGAAUCCAGUUUAUCCACUUGUUAUUUUCAGUGACGAGGUUACUAAUCACAAUAUGGCAAUGUAGUUCAGAGGUAAAUCCAAGCAAGCUGAUUGGUUUUUACUUGGUUGAUAUUUUACCAUACAGACUAUCUCCAGGGAAACGGUCAUUAGCCAUGUAUUUUUGGUUGCAAAAGCUGGCACAUUCAAAAUAAACAAGUUUGGUCCAAGUGCUAUUUAUUAAACUACUUACUAUCCUUGCUUCCUCCAGUAAUUGAUUCUUGGUCAAUUUUGACCAAUAUUCAGGCUAAUAUUCCUCCUUAGUACAGCCCUCACACUCAGUCAGGAAGAAGCUAGUUUUUUUUAUUUUUCACUUAUUUCUUUGUUGUUGUUGUUUUUGUUGUUGUUAUUGUCACUGUUUAUUUUCGAUCUUUCAAUUUACUUGAUAUUACAUGUGAACAAUGUUUUCCUCUUCCAGUUUUAGUAUAACCGGGCAAAAACAUAUUUUCAAUUUUUGUAUUAAACUAUGUUGUAAAUGCU